CAAUCAGCGCGUCUGUAUGUAGUCUGUAUGCAUGAAUGAAGAAUAAACAAAGUACCCCGAAGGCAGCAGACGAGAAAAUCCAAACAAACCGAUCCUAACUCGGAGUUCAUCGGGACAGACAUGUGACACACGGUACAAGAGAUAGAUUUCAUCGGUCUGGUAAUGUGUGACUUCUGGUGGAGAAUGAGAAAGAGGAGAAAACAUACAGUAGCAUGACAGAUUGUGUGACGUCACAACUUGGUCUGUAUGUUAAAUCAUGGAUUGGUCGGACCAAAAUGAGGCGAAUUUUUACUAUAUUUAUUUCAUUCGUGGUCCUGGGUUUUCUAUCCAUGGCCUAUUCACUUUUCCGGGCCCGGGGCGGAUGGAACAGUUACUCUGUUAAAUCGUCUCCCAGCGGGCACAUGUCCAUGAUCCAUCUACUGAAUGCUGACGGAUUCUACGAGGAUACGAUUGUCAACGUUACGGAACGAAACAACACUCUAUUUAAUAAAACAGGCCAUAGAGAGAUCUGGACACAUCCCCAGCUAGACAUUUUACACUCAGAAAAAAUAAAUUUUCUACCAAAUUUCAAAAACCCAUGUUGGUACGAGGACCUUCACGAACCCAAUGUGUAUCAGUUUAACAAAUACACCGUCAUCUCGCGCAACAUACGUACCACCAUGACGGAACUCAUGAAGGAAUGGGCCUAUCGAAUCGCCAAGGAGAAGCCCGCACGGCGCCUGCGCUGUUUGCCGUACUUCCUGAUCAUCGGACAGCCCAAGUGUGGAACAACAGACGUGUACCGAAAAAUAGUCAAGCACCCUGACGUCAUCAAUCCACCAAUCAAAGAACUCCACUGGUGGUCCCGGAAUCGACAGGGUCGGCGACUUAACUAUACAGAUAUCAUUCCUCUCUCGGACUAUGUUGAUAUGUUUGACAUGGCCGCCUAUCACAUUGAAAGGAGAUAUGCGCAUGAUCCGGAAGUAAAGAACCCGGAUACAGUCUACCAUCACACAGUAACAGGAGAAGCAAGUGCAUCGAUUCUUUGGGAAAACGACGACUGGUUUCACUUCAAGGAAAACGAAGCAUUCACGGAACCAAAAUACACCAGUGCCGAUUACAUUAGGCACGUCAUUCCCAAUGUCAAGGUCAUAAUCUGCGUCCGAAACCCAACAGACAGGUUAUACUCGGACUAUCUGUACUUUACAAAAACCAACAAAUCAGCGGAAGACUUCCAUAAUGCUGUAUCAUACGCCCUGGAAGUGUACAAUAACUGUACAGCUAGUCACUCCGUCAGGUUCUGUGUGUAUAACAGAACUGUAGCGUACCUGUCGAGGGUUCGUUUACGUUUAGGAAUGUACUCUGUUUACAUCAAGGAUUGGAUUAAGGUUUUCCCCAGGAGUCAAAUCUUGAUUAUCUCCCUUGAAGAUUAUGCGCAACACACUAGGAAGAUUCUGAAUCAAGUUUAUAGUUUCUUGGAUGUCCGAAUUCUUGGUGGGGAAGACAUGAGAUCCAUUGCAAAACUAAAAGUGGCAAACAAACGAAAGAAGUGGGACCGAAAUGUUGGACCAAUGCUAAAUGUGACACGUAAAAUGUUGAAUGACUUCUAUAAGCCAUACAAUGAAGAGUUGGCGGAAAUAAUGAACGACGAUCAAUUCUUGUGGGAACCAGAAGACUACGAUUACGAAAGUGUCGAAGACAAAUGAAUCUCGAUCUCGAUAUUAUAGUAACUGUUGAUAAAUUUUAUUGACUAUAUAUUAUUAUUUAUUUAACUCAGAUUUAUUUUUAUACUCGUGUAUGUUUGCUGACAAUGUUGCGAGAUCCAGAGGAAGCUUUUCGCAUUGGUUUUGUUGUAACUUUUCGAGACUUAUCACCAUGAACAAAUGAGUGAAAUUAAUAUUUAACAAUGUUCGUAGAUAUUAACUAGCCCCAAGGAUGUCCAAUGACUACCAAUAAGAAUUUGUGAUAUAGUUUUACAGAAACUGAAACGUGUUUAUUUUAACCAAAUUUAUUUUUGUUAGGUCCAUUUUUAGCCUAAUAUAUUACUGUUAUAAUAGACAGUUGCUGUACUUAAAAAUAAUGUUGCAAGCAUGUAUUUUAACCAGUCGUCAUAAAAUUGUUUGAAGUUUUAUGCAUAUAAAUCUUACGAUUUUAACUCGUAUACAUGUAUGAAUUCAAAGUGUUUCUCACAUUGAGAUUUGUAAAAUAUGUACACUGUGUGUACAAUGUUGUACGACAAUAGAAUGUACAUAUUAAAAUAUAUAUAAUAAUAUAUGAUGUAAAUAUUUUAUGUAUAGAUAUUUUUUUAUAUCUGCCAUUUUUUUUAUUUGAGAAAAGACAUAAUCAUACGCCCAAUGUUCUUUGUUGUCGCACAGUUAGCUAAGUUAAGAUAUUCCAUUUAUGUCUACAAGAGAAUGCAAAGACUAACCACAGCAGCUACUACAUUUAUCGAACAAUCAUCUUCAGAUUUUUUUUCUUCAAACAAUGCAGUUCCAAUAAAACCCAUGGUUGAAACCCCCGACCAUUUUCUUUUACGCGCAAUUACCUUGGGCAUUUCAUGCCAACUCAUCGAACUUUUCUCUUUUUCAUUAAUAUAAGUCACUAGUAUUUAUAAUCCGCAAAAGAAACAAUUAAAACGAUCUAAUUUUUAUAGGAACAAAGAGCACAGCUCAUGUGAUAAACACAUUGUUUGUUAGAUUCUUGGGUAAAAAGCAUUAACGCAAUUACAUGUAGAUUUUCCCCCAAAAGUCGCUUCAGGAAUUACCUCUAAAAUCAACUUUUAUAAGUUAAUAUACGUAGUAAACGUGUGAUUAAACAUUUACAUACAUUAUAAAGCAUAAAUUAGUCCCUUUAAAUGAUAUAGUUCCAGAGUUUUCUAGAGACCUGUAUUUAGUAAGAAAUAUUUAGAGAGUUGGCCUAUGGUAACCCGUUGUAUAUGUUGAGGAGGAACUGGUCGUGGUGUUCUGACGAUGAUGAAAACUCAAUUUAGUUCAAGAAACACAAUUCAAUUACGUAAAAUUAUACAAUUGUGCGCUUGUGGAUGCGGGCGUGUAUGUAAUGUGGAACUACUUGAAUACCCUAUGUUUUAUCUUUCAUUGUAUUUUACAAUGUAUUUUUUGAAAAUUUAUUUGUGUAAUAAACCAUGACAAGUCA